AUUCCUUCAGUUUAUUUGUUGAAUUUGUGAAGGUGUAGACAAAAAUAAGGAAGUUCAUGAUGAAGAUCUUUUUGGCAAUUGUAGCCCUCUUUGGCAUGGUAUAUGCUCAAGUUCCAGACAGUGUUUGUGAAGGAGAAUUAAUGUUGUUCUUGCCACAUCCUGAUAGAUGCGAAUCUUUUGUCAUGUGCAUGUUGGAACGUCCAGUUACUAUGACUUGCGAUCCAAACUUCAUUUGGGAUCAAAGACAACGUAGAUGUCGUCUUGGAAGUCACGACACAUGCCAAUUCCGUUUUGGAGCAGAACCAUCAUGCGAAGAUGUCUUGUUCUCGAUUCACUACCAAUAUGAUACCUGCACUGCAUUCUUCAUGUGCAUGUUAGGCGAAAGAAUCAACUUCACAUGUGGACCAGGUGAAAUUUACGAUAGUUACUACAGAGCUUGUGUUCCUGGUGAUUCCUUCCUUUGCAUUGCUGAUGCCCCAACACCAUACAAACAAAUUGAAAACCAGGCUUAAAAUUGUAAAAUGUUCGAGAAAUAAAACUUAAUUUAAACCGACGAAA